GCAUGACCACCCCAACUUUUGCCAAGUAGAGAUGUGUAUGUGCAAGUUUGAAUGGCUAUUUAGUAAUCUAACUUAAAUUAUUUGAUUUAAUUAGUGGAAAUGAAGUAUUUUGUCUGAUUCUUUCUCCUCGUAUGAGUACUUGGUACUCCAGGUAUGCUUUGAGCUCUUUGGGUAAAGGCAUGAAAUGAAAGCCUUGCAAAGAUGCAAGAUUUUCAGUUCGUAUUUUUAUGCUCAAAGGAGAAAUCUAUCCUCAGUCGCAGAUGCUACACUUCAGAAAGCAGCUGAGGAAGAAGAAUUCGACAGCGUUUGGAAAUGCAAAGAUACAAAUAUUCUACCCUUUUUGCACCGCACAGUACAAGAAUGCGCAAAGGAAAGGGCUGCAAUGAAUGGAAAAUGUGUGCAUUCCCAGAUCAUAAAGCUUGGAUAUGAAGCAGAUACAUUGACAACAAACAUGCUCAUAAAUAUGUACUCAAAAUGCGGCCUUGUUGAUUAUGCUCGUAAAAUGUUCGACGAAAUGCCUCAUAGAACUCUUGUUUCUUGGAACACCUUGAUGGGUUCGUAUAUCCAGAAAAAAGAUGGAGAAGAAGUUUUCCAUCUUUUCGUUCAAAUGCAAAGGGAAGGGACGCAGUUUAGUGGGUUCACAGUUUCAGGUGUUCUUUGUGCUUGUGCUGCCAAAUUUGCUGUUUUCGAAAGCAAACAACUGCAUGCUUUUGCACUGAAGGUAUCACUGGAAUCAAAUGUUUUUGUUUCUACUGCUUUGCUUGAUGUUUAUGCUAAAUGCGGGUUGAUGAAUGAUGCUUUUCGGGUUUUUGAUUCCAUGCCGGAGAGGAAUGAUGUUACUUGGAGUUCAAUGGUUGCUGGGUAUGUCCAAAAUGAGCUAUAUGAGGAGGCUAUAAUGUUUUUUCACAGGCUACAAAAAUCGAGGGUCGAGCAUAACCAGUUUACGCUUUCUUCUAUUAUAUCUGCUUGUGCUGCAUUGGCUGCUUUGUUAGAAGGGAACGAGGUGCAUGCUAUAGUCCGGAAAACUGGUUUUGGUGCCAAUCUUUACGUGGCUUCCUCUCUUGUAGACUUAUAUGCAAGAUGUGGAUGUAUUGAUGAAGCCUAUAUUGUGUUUUCAAACGCUGAGGUGAAGAAUGCUGUAAUAUGGAAUUCAAUGAUUUCUGGCUUUGCUAGAAAUGCGCGACCUUUAGAGGCUAUGAAAUUGUUUGAGAAAAUGCAGUUAGCGGGAUUCUACCCGACUGAAGUGACUUAUGUCUCGGUUCUAUCUGCUUGUGGCCAUAUGGGUUUGGUUGACAAGGGUCGGAUAUAUUUUGACAAGAUGAAGAAAGAGCAUAACUUAUCUCCCAAUGUAUAUCAUUAUUCAUGUAUGGUUGACAUUCUUGGUAGAAAAGGCCUGGUUGAAGAAGCUAAGGAUUUGAUAGAAAAUAUGCCCUUUGCUGCAACACCUUCCAUGUGGGGUUCUGUCUUGGCAUCUUGCAGGGUCCAUGGAAAUGUUGAGGUGGCUGAAAUUGCUGCUAAACAUCUGUUUGAGCUCGAGCCUAAUAAUGCUGGGAACCACGUCUUGCUUUCAAAUAUAUAUGCUUCCAAGAGAAGGUGGGGCGAUGUUGCAUCAACAAGAAAGCUUCUUAAAGACAGUGAAGCGAAGAAAGAAAGAGGCAAGAGUUGGAUACAGAUAAAAGACAAGGUUCACACAUUCAUGGUCGGGGAGAGAAAUCAUCCUAGCAUUAUAGAGGUUUAUUCAAGAUUGGAUGAGUUGUUGGUAGGUAUGGAGAAAUUAGGUUACAAAGGUAAAACAGAGCAUGACCUGCAUGAUGUGGAAGAGAGCAGAAAACAUGAGCUUCUAAGGCAUCAUAGUGAGAAGCUUGCUUUUACAUUUGGGUUGACGUGUUUGCCUUCAAAUGCUCCUAUAAGAAUUAUGAAGAACCUCAGGAUUUGUGGGGACUGUCAUUCGUUUAUGAAGUUUGCUUCAAAAGUAACAGGGAGGGAAAUAAUUGUCAGAGAUGUUAAUCGUUUUCAUCAUUUUGCUAAUGGAUCAUGUUCAUGUGGAGAAUUUUGGUGAAAGAUGUGACUGCUUAGGAUUUAAGAUCCUUUCUCUGAACCAAAUGUUUGGUUCAGAAUGGUGGAAAAACUAGUUUAAAAUCUGGUUUUCAGAUAUGAACAUGUAUGAGCAUCAGAGGUAUUAUAUCGCAUUAGGAGUAUCUGCUAUCUCAACAUAAUAGUUUUACCAUAAGAAGCUGGUGAAAAUCCGUUUUUCCUCUGAGCAUUUGAUGUGAUCACAAACUAUGUAAACAAGCUGGACUCUGGGCAAUGCCUUUCCCAAAACGAUGAUGAGCAAAGCCCAUCAGGUACACCUUAUAACACCACCAGGUCAGAUUCUUAUGGCAUCCAGCCAGGGGUAAGAAGGCACCUGCACACCUCAUUCCUCUUGUCAACAAUGAUGUGUGGUGAGUGUCCUUUUUCUUAUAAGUUUACAAUUCUCUACUUUUCUCUUCUUUGAGAGAAUCUUUUUCAUUCUUAGAUUAUCCAAAUUGUAAAAUAUAGCUACACCUUUUUUGUUUUCUUUUCCGAAUAACUUAUCAAGUAUUUGAGUUGUUUUGUCUUA